GGGUGUUUAAUUGAAUACGAUACGGCCAAAGUCGGAGAUAGUUUGUUCCCUUCUCUCUCUCUCUCUCUAAAAGUAUCUUCCUCUCUCUCUCAAACUGGAAUUAGAUCUCGUUUUCACGGGGGGAAAAUAUGUCGGACGCUUUGAUCAACGGACUCGCCGGCGCCGGCGGAGGAAUCAUCGCUCAGCUCAUCACUUAUCCCCUCCAAACUGUGAAUACGAGGCAACAGACGGAAAGAGAUAUGAAGAAAGAGAGGAGGAAACUCGGGACUGUAGAACAAAUGUUUCAGAGUAAUGAUCGACAGGUUGCUAAGCAAGAAGGAUGGACUAGGUUAUACGGAGGCUUAACCCCCUCCCUGGUCGGUACGGCCACGUCUCAGGGUGUUUACUAUUAUUUCUAUCAAAUACUCAGGAACAAAGCUGAAGUUGCCGCACUUGAGCAUAGAAAGAAAGGGAUCGGUGAUGGAUCAGUGGGGAUGUUCUCAUCACUUGUGGUGGCUGCUUUAUCUGGGUGCAUAAAUGUACUGCUGACGAAUCCUAUAUGGUUAGUUGUUACCCGCAUGCAGACUCAUACAAAGAAAUCCCAAUCUAGUCAGACUCAAUCUAUGGGCUCAGAUGAACCAGUUCUUGCUGCACUGGAGCUGCCUCCUUAUGGAACUAUCCAUGUGAUUCAAGAAGUUUAUGGUGAAGCUGGAGUAUUGGGAUUUUGGAAAGGUGUUCUGCCCACGCUGAUCAUGGUGAGCAAUCCCUCCAUACAGUUCAUGCUGUAUGAAACCCUGUUAAAGAAGCUGAAGCAAAGACGUGCUUUGAGUAAGAAGGAUAACAAUGGUGUAACUGCUCUGGAGAUAUUUCUGCUUGGAGCUUUGGCAAAACUUGGAGCCACCGUUGUAACAUAUCCUCUUCUGGUCGUGAAGGCACGACUUCAAGCGAAGCAAGUUACGGGUGGAGACAAAAGACAUCAUUAUAAAGGCACCUUAGAUGCUAUCACGAAGAUGAUACAUUACGAAGGGUUCAACGGCUUUUACAAAGGGAUGAGUACGAAAAUCGUACAAAGUGUUCUUGCAGCCGCUGUCUUGUUCAUGGUCAAGGAAGAACUUGUCAGAGGGGCACGGUGGUUUUUAACUAAUAACUCUGGCAAUUCCGCCAGAUCUAAACUUUCAUAAUUGAAACACUCUCCUCUUUUGGUUUUUCUUGUCUGGCAUUCAUAGCCGGAUGUUGUUCAAUCAGAAGAGCAUUUAGGAUGAAGUGGCUACACAAGCAGUAUCUGUACGUUGUAGUAAAUGGGAUGCUAUUGGAUUUUAGGGGAAAAUAAGAGGGUUGGGACGAACUGUUGUAUUACUAAGAUAAUCUAUUUCUGGCCGACCGUGGUAACUUGGGCUUAUAACCAAGUGGGCCGUUAAAGUGAUUGAAUAUUGAUCAAUUAUUGCUAGUAUAGCAUUGUUAAAA